CCCCUUGAGUUCCCAUGUUCCUGUGGAGACGUCUGGCUUGGAGGCAGAAGUCACUGCAACAUAUACUUUAGAACGGUUGGAGACCAGGAAACGUUCCCUGGGGAGGGAGAAACGAGGAAAGAAGAAUAAAGAUGAAUUUGUAUCGUCCACUUUGCAAUCUGAGGAAGAUGAAGACGAGAUUCUCUUAGAAAGCUACCAAAAAGCAGUUGAAAAUCUACUAAAAAUCGAUAUGGAGAAGGUCCUCUCCAAUUACCUGAAGGGCAAAGGGGACGUAGAUGAUCUUAUCCCUAUCAAGGAUGUCUUGCUUCUUGAGAACAAACUUGGUUAUACUAGAGCGUCUAAGAAAGAAAUCAGCGAAAAGGAAAUCAAUCUUUUGACAGCAUAUGUUAUUUCUAAAACCAAAAAGCUCGUGAAGAAGUGUGACUUUGCAAAAGAGGAAUGUAUGGAAAUUGUCCAGUGUUAUACCCUGGGAGGGGGUAAAGUUGCUGAAAAGUUAUUGAUGAAAAUGCUGAAGAACAAAGGCACUGAAAAGUCUGCACGAAUUAAGAUGAUUAGCAUCGUGUCGACAAUGAUCAAUCCAUCGGAUGCACUGGUGAAAUUCGUAAAAAAGCUUUAUGAAUCUGAGAAGAAAGAUGGCGAUAUCAAAUCGGCUUUCCUUCUUUGUCUUGCUGCCUUGGGCGGAAAUGACUCUGUUGGUGCCUCUCAAAAGUCUGGUUUAGUGGAACUGUUAAUCAAAAUUUUGAAACUCAUAAUUGAAUAUUUGGAAAGCUUAAAAGAAACCGACGAUGACUUCCCUGCUUACUUACAAGACGCUCUCGAUACUCUUGAGGCUAUUGGUAACAUGGGAGAUGAGAGACUUGUUGAUAAAGUUAUCGAGGUUGCUGAAAAGUUCCCAGACAACCCAUCGAUCCAAACUGCAGCGAUACAUGCUCUCAGAGCCCAAUUUGGGC